UGUCUCCCGCAUUUCAUAACCCCGCACAAUUCCCGCACCCACAUCACUUAUCUCCAGCGUGCCCUCUCACGCAUCCACACGCCUCAGCGGUCCAGCGUGCCUCCCCGCUCUCCCGCGUGCCUCCCCGCUCUCGCGCGUGCCUCCAUGGCCUCCCUGCUCGCCCCCACCGCCCUCACGCACACGCUCGCCUCCUCGCCGCUCGCCACGUGGCACUCCGCCGCAGCGAGCGUCGCUUCGAGGGCGCAGCCCAUGCGACGCCUGCCAUUCGUCCGCGCGUCCGCCUCCCCCGACCCGUCCGCCGCGCCAGCGGAAUUGGAGGCGGCGCCGUCUACGGUGCCCGUUCCCCCGCCCGGGUGGGCGGAGGAGCAGCAGCGCGCGGCGGAGGCGGCGGCGGAGGAGCGCGACGGAGUGACCAUCCGGCGGCGGCCGCCGGGGGGCGCGGCGGCGCACAUGGUGGGGCCGUUCCAGUUCCGCGUGGGCGGCAAGGUGGAGGAGAACGUUCCGCGAAAUAUCUUGGAGGAGAUCGUGUGGCACAAGGACGGCGAGGUGGCGGCGUUCAAGGAGCGCACGCCGCUCGCCGCCCUGGCGCGCGCGCUGGAGGGCGCGGAGCCCGCAAGGGACUUCGUGGGCGCGCUGAGGGCGCACGAGGCGGCGAGCGGCAUGCCGGCGCUGAUAGCGGAGGUGAAGAAGGCGUCGCCCAGCCGCGGAGUCAUCCAGCCCGACUUCGACCCCGUGCGCAUCGCCAAGGCGUAUGAGACGGGUGGCGCCGCAUGCCUGUCGGUGCUCACCGACAGCAAGUUCUUCCAGGGCAGCUUUGAGAACCUGGCGCUGAUCCGCGAGGCGGGCGUGGCGUGCCCGCUUCUGUGCAAGGAGUUCAUCGUGGACGCUUGGCAGGUGUACUGCGCGCGCUCCAAGGGCGCGGACGCCGUGCUGCUGAUCGCGGCCGUGCUGACGGAUCAGGACCUGCGGUACCUGAUGAAGAUCACGCACGCCCUGGGCAUGGCCGCCCUCAUCGAGGUGCACACGGAGCGGGAGAUGGACCGUGUGCUGGCGCUGGAGGGGGUGGCACUCAUCGGCAUCAACAACCGCGACCUCGGCACGUUCAAGGUGGACAUCGGCAACACGCAGCAGCUGCUGGCGGGGGACAGGGGGGCCGCCAUCCGCGACAGAGGCAUCAUGGUGGUGGGCGAGUCGGGCCUCUUCACUCCCGACGAUGUGGCCUUCGUGCAAAAGGCGGGCUGCAAUGCUGUGCUGGUGGGCGAGUCUCUGGUGCGCACCAACGACCCCACGGCCGCCAUUGCUGCCCUCUUCGGCCGCCCCAUCACCACCCACCAGCCCGACGAGGCGCGAGCAUAAACCCAGGGCGCAGCACAUGGGGGGGGGGGGGGGGAGGAGAAGGGGGGGUUGGGGCGCGUGCAGGGAUGCGUGGUAGGGAGUGCGAAUGACAAGUGUAGCAGUGUGCACCGCGGGAGAUACACUCAGCCCAGGAGAGUGCAGCAGUGGCUAUUGUAUAGAGAUCGCUCUUGGACGUGUGCUAUUGUGCACUUGGCAGAGAUUUCCUCUGGAUUAUUCCACCAACAG